AGAGAUUUUAAUGAACGCUGUGCCCAGUGUUCAGAAGUGAACUGGGGUCUCACUGACGGAGGCAGAUUCUAUUGCAGAUCUUGCCACAAUGUUACUGAGAGAACUAGAGAAGUUGUGAACACUGAUUUUAUUUCUAAUGCAAGAGUCCAGACAAUCUCCAAAGGUUUAAGAAAGCAGGAAAAAAAUGAUAGAGGCUGUGAAUGGUACGUUUGUGAAGGCUUUCAGUUUGUACUCAAGAAACAAGCUGAAGCUUUAGAAGCGUUAGGAGUAUGUCCGCAAAUGAAGGAUGAUGUUUUGUGCAAUUUUUGGAGGUGUUACCUUCAGAAGAGCAAACAGGCAUAUUGCAACAGACCAGCUGGGGAAACUAUCAGAGUAUUAUCAGUACACGACAGCAGUACUGAUGUGGACAGUGAACCAAGCCUUCUUCACUUGCUGUCUCCUUCUGAAAGUGAGGGGGACCUACAGACCGAUUGCAGCUUUGCCUCAUCAGCUAGUAAAGUCUCAGCAAGCACCUCUGUGUGCUCUGGAUCGGUAGAUGGUAGCUUGUAUUUAAUGAAGAACCAAAAGGAGAAACUGAGGAUGACGAUGCCAAUGACCCUUUCGUUUUGUUACAUGGCGUUACUCUGGUUGAGAGAACCAAUGACGUUAUCUGAUCUCUUAAGGUUUGUUGUUGAAGGUCAUAUUCCAUAUUUUAAUGUUUUUAAGCAUUUUCCGGAGAAGAUGAAAUUAUGUGGACUUGAUCUUAAGAUCUUUUGCGUAGAGUCCUGGCCUGUGUAUGAAGAAGUACACAACAAAAUGCUCGAACUUGCGGCUUUUUUAGACUUGCCUCGUUUUCCAGAUAUAACAGACAGCUGCUUUCUCCAUCCAGACAUGUUGUGCAUGAAGUACUUGAUGGAAGCUAAUUUGCCUGAUGACUUGCAUAACUGGACUUGUCGAGUGGUGAAAAAGAUCUGUAUUGGAGAAGCAGAUUUCCUGACUCUUGUGCCUGGAAAUAAGUCAACGAGAAAAGUGAAAUAUGAUGUUCUUGCUGUGGCGCUUAUUGUAGUUGUGCUCAAAUUACUGUUUUUAUUAGAUGAUCACUAUGAAUGGUUACUUUCAGAUUUUGCUGAAGAAAGAAAUAAAAAUAACAAAGAAGGUGAAGGUGGUCCGUAUUUUGAGUUCAAAAAGUGGUACAAGGUGAUAAAGUGUUCCUUGGAUGUAGAACAAAAGAAGUUGGAUGAAGAAAGAGCCAAGUAUCUGUGGAGAUGUGAAAAGCCACUGUUUUAUUCAGCUGAGAAGAAAUCUAAAGUUCUUAAGAGAAGACAAAUGGUUGUGAACUUGCAAAAUCAAUUUGGCAAGCUGUCUGGUUCAGUGCGACCUGCUGAAAAGCCAAAUCCUUCAAGUUUUCAGUUAAGCUGGUCUGAAGAAAACACAGAUGGGAGUUGUUUUCAUGGGCAUAGCCUGAAGGGAAUUUUGCAAGAAAAAUGCGGUGUACUUACAGCCAUGAACCCUGACUAUUGGCUGUGCACAGAUAAACUCUGUACUGAGAAGUUGUGUGGUCAUCUGGCUCACUACAGAGAAGCAGACUUUCCCCAUAGUUACCAUUUUGUACUAAGGUUAUUCUCCUUUCUUCUGAGGAUACAGCCCUCUUACAUUCAUGAUGAGGUGUGUGUGGUAGAACAGAAACUUUUUAAUAAAAAACUCUUCAAAAAGACAAAAUACAGCACAGGCCGAAGGAAGUAA